AAAGCAUGGCGGAGGCUGGCGAUGAGAACCGUCCUCCCCAAAGCAUCCAGCGCCUCUGACAAGCCCGGAGCCAGAGGGGGUGGGGGUGGGAAAGGGCGGGAGGGGGGAGAGCAUGGGAGGGAGGGGGCAGCCAGUCCUUCCCCCUGCACUUGUCAGAUGCAGAUGGGACUGGCAAAGUUUGUUUGAAUAAAAAAAAAAAAAAAAAAGGAAAAAAAAAAAAGGGGGAAGAGCAGGAGGAGGGGGAGGAAAAAAAAAAAAAGAUCCUAGAAAUCCAAAAAGGCUCAUCUGGGAAGGAGAGAGAGGAGACCGAGAGGAAGCGGGAUGCAACUCAACCUGACGCUGAUUUGCUUCGUCUUCGGGGGGUUCCUGCCCGACGCCGCGGCCCGGCGGGAGCAGAUGGACACGGGGCAGUGCGACCUGCCCCGCUCGCAAGGAGAGCUCAACUCCUUCCUCUGGACCAUUCGCCGUGACCCCCCCGCUUAUCUCUUCGGCACCAUCCACGUGCCCUACACGCGAGUUUGGGACUUCAUCCCUGACAACUCCAAGGCCGCCUUCCACGCCAGCUCCAGCGUCUACUUUGAGCUGGACCUCACGGACCCCUACACCAUCUCGGGGCUGGCCAGCUGCCAGAUGCUGCCUCACGGGGAGAACCUGCAGGACGUGCUGCCCCGGGAGCUGUACCGCCGCCUCAAACGCCACCUGGACUACAUCAAGCUGAUGCUGCCCCACUGGAUGACCCCGGACCAGCGGGGCAAAGGGCUCUAUGCCGACUACCUCUUCAACGCCAUCGCUGGGAACUGGGAGCGCAAGAGGCCCGUCUGGGUGAUGCUCAUGGUGAACUCCUUGACGGAGACGGACAUCCGCUCCCGAGGGGUGCCGGUGCUCGAUCUCUACCUCGCCCAGGAGGCCGAGAGGAUGAAGAAGAAGACGGGUGCGGUGGAGCGGGUGGAAGAGCAGUGUCACCCGCUGAACGGGCUCAACUUCUCCCAGGUGCUGUUUGCUCUAAACCAAACUCUGCUCCAACACGAAAGCCUCCGAGCAGGGAGUUUGCAGGCCCCUUACACCACUGAGGAUCUCAUCAAGCACUACAACUGUGGAGACCUGAAUGCUGUGAUAUUCAACCAUGACACUUCUCAGGUCCCAAACUUCAUCAACACAACACUCCCACCCCACGAGCAGGUGACAGCUCAGGAAAUAGACAGCUACUUCAGACAGGAGCUCAUCUACAAGAGGAAUGAGAGGAUGGGGAGAAGAGUGAUGUCACUUUUAAGGGAGAACAGAGACAAGAGCUUCUUCUUUGCCUUUGGAGCAGGUCACUUCCUGGGUAACAACACUGUGAUUGAUGUACUGAGACAAGCAGGAUUUGAAGUGGAGCACACCCCUCCUGGACAACCAAUUGGAAAUUCAAGAACGACAAAGACAAGCCCAGCCUUGGAGGGACCCUCGGUGACAGCCCUGCCUCCUGUCCAGCUUUCUGAGCAGGUCCCACUGGCAUCUCCUUCCCUGAAGCCACAGCAGAUGGAUGAAGGAGACAGCCUGUCUCCUCACCUCCUGCUGCCUGACAGCAUCAGCCAGCUGGAGGAGUUUGGCAGGCAGAAGAAAUGGCACAAGAAGCAGCACAAACACCAUCGCCAGAGGCAGUUCAAUGACCUCUGGGUUCGGAUAGAAGACAGCACCACCACGUUGCCUUCCUAUAUCAGGAUAACCAAUGGCUACAUCACAGUCAAGCCUCCCAUCUGGAUUUCCAACCAGCUGGAUCAGAGGCCACGUCCCGACCGCCCAGCCCAGCCCCAGCCCACGGGCUCAGCCCCAGCCAGCCUCUCAUGGCCAUCUGUAACAUUUCCUCUCUGCAUGGCCAUAGCUUCUUUUCUCCUGAGCCUACUGCAGCCCUCCUGA